AGUCAAUCCAGCAGCAUGGAUCAGUGGGAGGAACCACAGCAGGGAGCCCCUCCCUCUAAAAAAAGCAGAGAUGGUAACCAUGACAACCAGAGCAAAGCUCAGAGGAACCAACCUGGAUCUGGAUCUGGAUACAGCUGUGGGUCCUUCAGGAGUGACAGAUCAAGGGAUAAACCUCCAGACUUCAAGGACAUCCAUUCAGGAGUGGACCAACGUCAACAGGUCACACAGAGAGUCCAGUCUGCAGCCUCCAGCUGUGGCUCCAUGAAGAGUGACUGGUCCAAAGGUCGUCCUCCAGACUUCAGAAGCCUAAAGCCAAGACCUUCAGACUCACAGAUCCAUCAGAGACUCAGAACUGGAUCUGGAUCUGAACCCAGCUGUGUUUCCUUCAGGAGUGACCGGUCAAAGGGUCAAAUUAUCGACUUUAAAUCAUCUUCUGGUACAGAGAGACUGGACCAGCAGAGCUCAGAGACUCCCAGUGGUCCGUCUGUCCAGCAGCAUCAAACACAGCUGGACUCCAUCUUUCUGCUGCUGGAGGACAACAUUGUCACUUUUGUCAAGAAUGAGCUGAAGAAGAUCCAGAAGCUUCUGAGUCACAGGGAGGAUGAGGAGGAGCUGGAGGAUGAAGAUGAAGAGCAGAGGAGCAGCAGAGAGUCACUGAUGAAGAUCACAGUGAACUUCCUGAGGAGAAUGAAGCAGGAGGAGCUGGCUGAUGGACUGCAGAGCAGAUCUGCUGCUGCAGUUUGUCAACAUAAAGUCCAAUCUGGUCUGAAGAAGAAGUUCCAGUGUUUGUUUGAGGGGAUGGCUAAAGCAGGAAACCCAACCCUUCUGAAUGAGAUCUACACAGAGCUCUUCAUCACAGAGGGAGGAAGAGGAGAGCUGAAUGAAGAACAUGAGGUCAGACAGAUUGAAGCAGCAUCCAGGAAAGCAGACAGAGCAGAAACAAGCAUCAGACAAGAAGAGCUCUUCCAACUCCCAGCUGGAAGACCAGAACCAAUCAGAACCGUGAUGACUAAGGGAGUGGCUGGCAUCGGGAAAACAGUCUUAACACAGAAGUUCAGUCUGGACUGGGCUGAAGGCAAAGCCCACCAGAACCUCCACUUCACAUUUCCAUUCACUUUCAGAGAGCUGAAUGUGCUGAAAGAGGAGAAGUUCAGCUUGGUGGAACUUGUUCAUCACUUCUUCCCUGAAACCAAACAAGCAGGAAUCUGCAGCUUUGAAGACUUCCAGGUCCUCUUCAUCUUUGAUGGUCUGGAUGAGUGUCGACUUCCUCUGGACUUCCACAAGACUCGGAUCCUGAGGGACCCUAGAAAGUCCACCUCAGUGGCUGAUCUGCUGACAAACCUCAUCAGGGGGAACCUGCUUCCCUCUGCUCACCUCUGGAUAACCACACGACCUGCAGCAGCCAAUCAGAUCCCUGCUGAGUGUGUUGACAUGGUGACAGAGGUCAGAGGGUUCAAUGAUCCACAGAAGGAGGAGUACUUCAAAAAGAGGUUCAGAGAUGAAGAGCAGGCCAGCAGGAUCAUCUCCCACAUCCAGAGAUCCCGAAGCCUCCACAUCAUGUGCCACAUCCCAGUCUUCUGCUGGAUCACUGCUACAGUUCUGGUGGAUCUGCUGAAGAGCAGAGAGGGAGGAGAGCUGCCCAAGAACCUGACUGAGAUGUACAUCCACUUCCUGGUGGUUCAGGCCAAAGUCAAGAUGGUCAAGUACGAUGGAGGAGCUGAGACAGAUCCUCACUGGAGUCCAGAGAGCAGGAAGAUGAUGGAGUCUCUGGGAAAACUGGCUUUUGAGCAACUGCAGAAAGGAAACCUGAUCUUCUAUGAAUCUGACCUGACAGAGUGUGGCAUCGAUUUCAGAGCAGCCUCAGUGUACUCAGGAGUGUUCACACAGGUCUUUAGAGAGGAGAGAGGCCUGUACCAGGACAAGGUCUUCUGCUUCAUCCAUCUGAGUGUUCAGGAGUUUCUGGCUGCUCUUCAUGUCCACCUGACCUUCAUUACCUCUGGACUCAACCUCAUGGAAGAACAACAAUCACAGAUCUCUCAGCCUGAACAGAGAAGUCCAGUCCAGUUCUACCAGACUGCUGUGGAGAAGGCCUUACAGAGUCCAAAUGGACACCUGGACUUGUUCCUCCGCUUCCUCCUGGGUCUUUCACUGCAGACCAAUCAGAGUCUCCUACGAGGUCUGCUGACUCAGACAGAAAGUAGCUCACAGACCAAUCAGGAAACAGUCCAGUUCAUCAAGGAGAAGAUCAGUGAGAAUCUGUCUGCAGAGAAAAGCAUCAACCUGUUCCACUGUCUGAAUGAACUGAAUGAUGGUUCUCUAGUGGAGGAGAUCCAACAGUUCCUGAGGUCCGGACGUCUCUCCACAGAUAAACUGUCUCCUGCUCAGUGGUCUGCUCUGGUCUUCAUCUUACUGUCAUCAGAAGAUCUGGAAGAGUUUAACCUGCAGAAAUAUUCUCGUUCAGAGGAGGCUCUUCUGAGGCUGCUGCCAGUGAUCAAAGCCUCCAACAAAGUUCUACUGAGAAGAUGUUUCCUGUCAGAGAGAAGCUGUGCAGCUCUGUCCUCAGUUCUCAGCUCUCAGUCCUCCAGACUCAGAGUUCUGGACCUGAGUAACAACAACCUGCAGGAUUCAGGAGUGAAGCUGCUGUCUGCUGGACUGGAGAGUCCAGACUGUAAACUGGAGACUCUCAGGUUGGAGUGGUGCAGUUUGUCAAAGAUCAGCUGUGAAGUUCUGGUCUCAGCUCUGAAGAAAAACCCGUCUAAUCUGAGAGAACUGGACCUGAGCUGGAACCAGAACCUGCAGGAUUCAGGAUUUCUUCCUCUGUGUGGUUUUCUGGAGAGUCCAGAUUGCAGACUGCAGACUCUGAGGUUGAAGGGAGGCUGUUUGUCAGAGAUCAGCUGUGAAGUUCUGGUCUCAGCACUGAAGAAAAACCUGUCUAAUCUGAGAGAACUGGACCUGAGCUGGAACCAGAACCUGCAGGAUUCAGGAGUUCUUCAUCUGUGUGGUUUUCUGGAGAGUCCAGACUGCAGACUGCAGACUCUGAGGUUGAUGAUCUGCAGAUUGUCAAAGACCAGCUGUGCUGCUCUGGUCUCAGCUCUGAAGUCCAACCCGUCCCACCUGACAGAACUGGACCUGAGAGACAACAACCUUCAGUCUUCAGAUGUUCAGCAGCUCCAGGAUCUGGUGGAGAGUCCAAACUCCAAACUGCAGACUCUGAGGUGGAAGAAUGAAGACUGGUGGGACUGAUGUUCCUCCUGGAGGAGCAGAGAGGAGCAGCGGCAGCAGCUGGUCUGCAGAGAUGUUGUGAUUGGACGGUGUUCCUGGGAGGUCGAGAGCAGAGUGAUGGAGGAAUCAGAGGAAGUGGAGAUGAGUGUCAGAGCUGCAGCAGGAACUGAUCUGAGAUCAGCUCCACUGUCUCUCUCAGCAUCAAGUGGACAGUUAUUGUGCUGCAGCUCCCCCGGUGGACUGAUGGAGAACUGCACUUCCUCUUCUCAUUCUAACUUGGAGUGUUGAUCUGAAACAUGGGUUGGAUUCAGAUGUUCAGCAGCUCCAGGAUCUGGAGAAAAACAGACCUGCAGACAAACAGAUUCUUUUCUAGAUCAUCAAAGUUUUCUGAGUGAACUUCCUUUUUCUUUAGUGUUUUGUGGGUAAAACUCUGUUCUUUUUCAUGCUGACAGCAUUUUUAGCUGCAGUUUUAAAGAAGUUUCAUCUAAAUCCAG